UUUAAAAACGCUCGCGACACACCGGCAAAUCCUCGGCACCAGCGCCGGCAAGAAGUUUGCACUUUCAUUUCCAGCGCGUUCACCGACAUCCUGGUGAUCUCCAUCUUGGUAGAUUACUAAGGACGGCUGGAAGAGACUCGGUUUGUACGCGGAGCUGUCCAAGGUGCGGAGAACACGAACGAUGAGGGAUUCAGGAUGAAACACCUGCAGCAGCUGUGCACACCUGUCCGUGGAUGAAGAGGAGGCAGGUAUAACUCAGAGUGUCUGAUGUAAAUGGAAGUGACUUAGGAGUCGUCCAGUAUAGCUCGAGCAUCACCUAUCCAAGAAAUUGCUUGGCAUUUUAAGUGCUUUACGUAAACAAACAAACAAACAAACAAACAAACAAACAAUGAGUCUGAUCCGGCGCGCGGCUGAGUCUGGUUUAUGAUUUACAGUCCCCGUGCGUUGCUAAUUUCGGCUCGCGGUGCAGUCGUGGAAAAUCCUGCGUCGCGCUGAAAUGCCAGGAAGUGCUUAGUGCUGCCGUUGCGCUCGCGCCGCGGAGUCCCCGGGCCGUCCUGAGCGCGCGCACCAAAUGACGCCGGCUCCGCGCUUCGGCUUGCUGGCGGCUGCGUGCACGUGCGCGUGGCUGCUGGUGCACAGCUGCGGGCCCGGUCCGGGAUACGGAGUGCGCACGAGGCCGCGCAGGCUCACACCGCUGGCCUACAAGCAGCACGUGCCCAACGUCUCUGAAAACAACCUGGGUGCGAGCGGCAGGGCCGAAGGGAAGAUCACGCGCCACUCGGAACGUUUCAACGAGCUGGUGUGCAACUACAACCCUGACAUCGACUUCAAAGACGAGGAGCGCACAAAAGCCGACCGCUUCAUGACCAAGCGUUGUAAGGAUUGCCUCAAUAAACUGGCCAUUGCGGUUAUGAACCAAUGGCCAGGUGUCCGACUACGAGUGACCGAGGCCUGGGACGAGGACGAUAAUCAUCCGUCUGGCUCUCUGCAUUACGAGGGCCGUGCUGUGGACAUAACCACCUCGGACAAGGACAUAAAAAAGUAUGGCCUCCUUGCUCAACUGGCUGUGGAGGCCGGGUUCGACUGGGUAUACUACGAGUCCAAGUAUCACGUGCACUGUUCUGUCAAAGCUGAUCACUCUGUUGCAGUGGAGAAAGGAGGCUGUUUCUCAGCUUCAGCACUCGUGACUGUAGCUGAAGGAGUCCAAAAGCCUAUGUCUCAUCUGCAGCCUGGAGACUCAGUGCUUGCUUUGUCCGAGUCCGGUGGCAUGAUCUUCAGCCGUGUCCUCCUCUUCCUCCAUUUGGACGCUGAGCACAGGUCCACUUUCUUGAUUCUCAGCACAGAAAAUGGGAAUAGACUCACAAUUACACCCCAUCACCUCAUCUUCAUGGCUCCCAACCUCAAGUUAUUCUAUCAUGAGUACUCUGCAAGCUUUGCUAGUCAAGUCACAACGGGAUCCUACGUACUCGUUUGUGGAAGGGAUGGUCAUGUGCAUCCUUCCAAAAUAGUUUCUGUCUCACAGGAAGAAAGAAUCGGGGUUUACGCUCCUCUGACGGAACACGGCAAUCUGUUUGUGGAUGGUGUGCUGGCAUCCAGCUACGCGUCUAUACAGGACCAGAGGCUGGCACACUGGGCAUUUGGGCCUCUUCGCUUCUUGGUUGGACUGUCACAAGUAUUCAUGGCAGUGAAUCCAGUGACAGUGAUGACGCAAGGUGCUGCUGAGGUUCAGAUUCGUUCCGGAGGACGUAUGAACGUGAUAAAUAACAGUUCGGGUGUAAAUCGCAAUGCAAUGAACAAAACGCACAGCACAUGUUUAAAAGAACAUCGUUCUAAGCUAUAUUUUGAUUGUCUGGAUGGCACACAAGUAGGGGUUCACUGGUAUGCCAGGCUGCUAUGUACGAUUGCUCAGAUUUUCUGCAAACCGCAUUUUGGCACUCAAGAUCCACGACAGGAGAUAGCAACGACAUCUUUCUGUUAGGGUCAGAUAAUUCUAACCAAAUAAAGGCAACUUAUCACCCCAAACAAACAAACAAACAAACCAAACUACA